AUGAUCGAGGAGCAAAAACAAAACGAUGUUUCCGUCAACGCGAUCGCCAACGUACGCCUCCCGUCGUUUUGGAAACAAUCGCCUGAUUUUUGGUUUAUACACGCGGAAUCCGUGUUCGCGAACCACCGCUUGACCGCCGACAGUACUCGCGUGAAUUUCGUCAUCGGUGCUUUGGACGAAGAUGGCGUCCGCACCAUCGGUGAUCUCCUCGGGCCAACCGCGUCGUAUGAUGCAAUUCGCUCACGUUUGAUCGACGCUUACAGUCUACCCAAGUCCGUUCGCUUCCGAGAGAUCGUCAAACCCGGGGGCAUGGGCGACCGUAGGCCGUCACAACUGCUCCGCGACAUGCGCAGCGUCAUGCCCGCCGGUAUCGGCGAGGAAGCCCUGAAAGAGUUCUGGUUACAGAAGCUGCCGUCCAACGUCAUGGCCAUCAUCGCCAGCCUCGACGCCCCUCUGGACUCCUUAGCUUCUCGCGCGGACAGAGUAAUGGAAGCGUCGAGCCCCCAGUCCGUCGACGCCUUCUCCAAGGACCAAAUGGCAGAUUUGGCUAGUGCGGUGUCAGCGCUGUCUCAGCAAGUCCAGUCGCUGACAAAGAUUGUCAACUCGUCGAAGGAUGUCCCGCGGCAGCGACAACACUCAUCGACGCAGUGGGCCGCACAGCAACCAACACAGGCGUGCUACUACCACGAGAAAUACGGCAACGGCGCUCGCAAUUGCCGCCCGCCGUGUAAUUUCAAGCCAAAGGCGCAGGACCAUGUUACCUCCGCGCCGGCGGAAAACUAG